ACGGCCAUACUCGAAUCCGACAGUGACGAAAUUUUCCUAGUCGCAACGACACGCAUGCGCAUUCGUCGAAGCAGCAGAACCUCGACGUGAUUAAACGACCCGACUCUUGACAGAUACUUGUCACUCCACAACCUCUCAACAUGAAUAACGUGAAUAUGGCUAACAUGCCCAUGGCCGGCGGCCCUGUCGGCGGUCCAACGCCCAUGAUGAAUAACACGCUCGCCGCACAACAAGUCCAGAGCCAAGGAAACAAUCGGACAGUUCUCAACACAUAUAUCUAUGACUACUUCUUGCGAGAAGGCAUGUACGAUUGUGCGCGCGCGAUGCUUAACAGCGAGCAAACCUUGAACGUUAUCAAAGACAGCCCAGGACGCCGUCGCGACGAGAACGGCAAUAUUAUGGGUAAUGGUGUCGGCGAUGAUGCAAUGGACACCGACAGUAAAGAUGACAUUGAUUCGAAAAGACCACCUGAUCUGUUCCCGCCCAAUGUUCCAACGGGUGCUGACAAUUGUUUCCUUUAUGAAUGGUUCUGCCUAUUCUGGGACAUGUUAAUGGCUCAGCGCAAUAAGCCUGGCAUUAGCCCACAAGUAAGUCAAUAUGUCAAUCAUACUCAACAACAAAACCGACAGAGACAGAAUGAACAACAAGCCAUAUUACGGGGGAUGCGACAAGACGUAUUUACUCAAAACCGGAUGAUGUCAAUGGGAAAUGGACUUCCUGUCAACGCCAAACAGCCCAAUACUUUGGCCAGAACCGCCAUGGCCAAUAACCAGAAUAAUCCACAAGCUAUGCAUAUGCUGCAGCAGGCAAAGCAAAACCAGAUGCAGCGUGACGGCUCGAAUAUGGAUGGUAAUCAGAAUCGACCAGGUUCUCCCGGUGCUGGCGAGAACGCGCCCUCGCCUAGCAAAAGACAACGUCUAGAUGGCUCGGGUCCCUUUAAUCCUCAACAAGGAGGCAUGAUGCCCAAUGGACAACGGCCGCAGCAGGGAAUGCCAGGACAACAAGUAGGCAACGGACCCAGAAGUGCUGCCAUGGCUCAGCAUAUGCUUUCAACAAACGGCAUCGACCCAGCUAAUCUGUCCCCUCAGCAGUUCCAAAAUUUCCAAACCCAGCCUCCGCAAACCCAGGCCAAAUCGAUCCAGACCUAUUCCCAGAAUCUACAGCAACAUCACGGCCAGCAAAUGCCGAACAAGCAAAUGCCUAAUCCUGCCGGUCCGCAAGGCCAGGCUUCACCGAUGAUGCAACAAGGUCCUGAUGGCCCCACGUUGGGCGCUUAUUACAAUCCGGACAUGACCGGUUCCGGAGCGAUGGGUCCUGGAGGGAUGAGGACCGGACCAGGCGGCGCACAAGGGGCAGGCGGUAGCAACCACGCUUUGCAGGACUACCAGAUGCAGUUGAUGCUGCUCGAACAACAGAACAAAAAGCGGCUGAUGAUGGCCAGGCAGGAACAGGACAGCAUGGGUGGUGGUGGCAUGCCUCGUGGAGAUGGCGGCGGCCCCGGUGGUCCAGGAGGGCCAGGCCCGAAUGGCCAGCCCUUCCAAGAGUCACCUCAGGGACCGCGGGCAGGGACUUCUCCCAACCCUGCUGAACAGAUCAAGCGCGGUACGCCCCAAAUGAACCCAGCCAAUAUGCCGUCGCCAUUGCCAGAAGGGGCUCAAUCUAGGGGCUCACCGAACCCUAUGAAUUUCGGCAUGCCAAAUAACAUGGAUCCUAGCAUGCAGCCGCACUUUUUCAAAGGCAUCAACGGAAUGGACAACAACAUGGUCGCCGCCCAGAUGAAUGGAAUGCGUCCUCCAAGUUCUCACCCGAACCCACCCUUUAAUGGCCAGGUGAACCCUCAGUUGAUGAGACAGCAACAGGGCGUCCAGGGUGGUCCUCCAAUGCAAUGGCAGGGGCCAAAUGGGAACGGGAUGGCGCCUCAAGGGCCCCAGGGUCCUCAAGGCCAAGUACAGGGCACACCACAACAAAGGUCUAUGCCACCUCCAUCAGCUCCGGCGCCGGCCAACAACGCAGCCGCUGGUCGUGCCCAGCCAACGUCGCCACAGCAAAACACCGCAGCCCCUCCCACGCCCCAGCAGUCCAACAAGGCUGCCCCUAAAAAGAAAGAAACCAAAAAUACGAAGACUAAGGGUGCGGCUCAAAAGAAGGCAACUCAGAAUACAGGCGCAACUCCCGCCGCGGAGAAUACUCAAGAAGCGGAGCCUGCGCCUGUCACUCCCGUCAAUACAGCCAAUUUUAAGAAUGGUCAGAAUGUGGGCGGCGUACAACCCGCAGCUAAUGCCCCCGUGUCAGCCCCACAGCCUACCCAGGCACCGGUUGCUGCUCCACAAGCCCAUCCAGAAAUGGGUUCAUUCGAUAUUAACAAUGGCGGUCCAAUGGACUUUACUUCCAUGGGCUUUGCGGACCCGAUGCAGACAAGCGAUGUACUAAAUGACUUCGAUUUUGAUUCGUUCCUCCACGAUAAUGACGCAGACCCUGGCUCCUUUGACUUCAACGCUGCGGCAUUUGGAAUGGAGGGAGCUGGAGAAAUUGGGGCAGAGUAGUUUUCCUCGCCUGUUCGGCCUCCCUAACACAAUACUCUUUUAGCAUCUGCGCGUUGGGUUACCUUGGGCAUGUCAUGGCGUUUGUCGGUUGUUUAAACUCGCAUCUGGACUACGGUUAUGGUCCGUGAUGGCUAUCACACUCGGCAGAGACACGAAACACGAC